AUGUCUCUAUACAAAUGCCAAUCACCCUCAUGGGCGACGCAACUCGGCGUUCUUGGCCUUCUCCUGCUCCUCAUCGACGGCCAUCCUUCACUCCAAACCCGCUGGCUCGUGUUAAAAGACAUCAUCAUGAAGACCACACAAGCCUGCGCUCUCCUCUCGCUCGCCCUUCUGGGUGAAGCCUGUCUUCUCCCCGGAGAAGCCUCCGGUGGCCGCAUCGCCCGCCGCCAAAACGCGAACCCCAACAACACGGGAAUCGCCAUCGGCACAGGCGACCGCUUCGACGGCGGCAAGAAAAUCAAGAGCGCCGUCAAAGGCCUCGUCGAGGAGUAUGACCUUGAGUACUUUGAGUCGCCGUACAAGACGUAUGAGAAUGCCUCUUUCUUCGGUGCUAAGAUCGGUGGCGAAGGCGGGAACUGCAGCGAUGCGCACCACGUGUACUUCAACGCCGCCAUUCAUGCCCGCGAGCGCGGGUCAUCGGAUAACAUUAUUUACUUCAUCUCCGACCUCCUAUACGCGAACAAGCACGGCGAAGGGUUGACGUAUGGCGGUCGGGUGUACACCAAUGACGACGUGAAGCGCGCCCUGUCAACCGGUAUUGUCUUCACGCCGUUGAGCAACCCUGACGGCGUGGCAUAUGACCAAGCCACACACAGCUGCUGGCGUAAGAACCGCAACCCGGCCGCCUCGGGGGGCAAUCCGGAAGCCAUUGGCAUCGACCUGAACCGCAAUUUCGACUUUCUGUUUGACUUCCCCAAGAGUUUCGCGCCCAGCGUCGGGCCCAACGUCGCUUCGGAAGACCCGACUGAACAGACGUACCACGGCGCCGCGGCGUUCUCGGAGCCCGAGUCGAAGAGCAUCAAGUGGGUGAUGGACCAGCACAAGAAUGUCAAGUGGUUCCUCGACAUCCAUAGCUACAUCGGCGUUAUCCUGUACAACUGGGGCAGCGACGAGAACCAGUUGCGCCAGCCGUAUAUGAACUUCAUGAACGAGUCGUACGAUGCCGCCCGCGGUCUGAUGCCGGAUACGCCGUCCAACAAUGGCGUCUACGGCGAGUACAUCCCCAGCAACGACUGGUCGGAGAAGGUCUUCGCUGCGAUGCGAAUGGGUAACGCCAUGGACGCCGCCACCGGCCGCCACUACCAGGUUGAGCAGAGCUCAUACCUGUACCCAACUUCGGGUUCAAGUGAUGACUACGCAUACUCGCGUCACUUGACGGACCCCUCGCUUGGUAAGAUGCACGGAUUUGUGGUUGAAUUUGGCUUUGGUAAUGAUGGGGUGGACUGCCCCUUCUACCCAACGCCCAGCCAGUACAACUUGAACCUGCUAGAGACAAAUGCUGGCUUCAUGGAGUACCUGCUUGCCGCGGCUGAUCUUGGCGUCGGCGAACCGGCUUCCUGCGUAGCAUGAGUAAACCGGCUCUGCGAAAAUGUAAGAGGGAGAGGUAAAUUAGCGGCGUGGACUCCCACUUUGACUCUAUGGUGGACAAGAUGUUGAUCAUCAUCCGGAGACGGAAGGAGUCCCGGAGCAGAUCCCGAGACAUUUGUCAGGAAGACGAGUUUGUUGAUUAGAAAUACACAAACGUCCUGAACAUGAGCAUCUACAAAAUAAUAAGUAAAUCUUGUCGAAUCCCUGUGUGUCGGUUAAUCGCCGAAGAACCUCUCGACCUCAAAUUCCUCAUAAUUCUAGUCUACUGAUAUCGGACACUUACUUUGCCCUUGACCGCAUCGACGAUACAGGCACCUAACCUUCGAUUCCGGCUAGAAUACCGAGAAAGACUCCAUUUGAGGCAAGUUGAGGUGAGUUUAGCAUUCAUCAUGGGCAAAAAUCAAAAGAAUAGUUGCUAUGACCGCGGCAGGGCUCGAACCUGCGACCUUCUCGGGAUCUUGUGCACAUAGAUGUGAACGAGAAAUCAUGACCACUAGAACACACAGCCGGUGAUGGAAGAUUGUCGAAAAUGUUGAGGGCUAAGAAGCG